AUGGCAGGGAAACUGAAAGUAGCAGCAGUUGGGUGCGGAGGCAUCGGGCAUCGUCAUCAACUGGGGUAUCUUCAGCAUCCGGGUGCGGAAUUGGUGGCAGUGUGUGAUAUAGACACCGCUAAAGCGAAGACACGUGCUGAAGAACUCGGCAUCGCGAAGUGGUACGCUUCCAUCAAAGAGAUGCUUGCGAAUGAAGAGUGCGACCUCGUAGACGUUGUAACCGCUGAUUACCUGCACUUUGAACCCGUGAUGGAAUGUCUGGAAGCCGGAAAACAUGUUAUCUCUGAAAAACCGUUGUCACUUUAUAUCAAUGAAGCGGAACAGAUGGUCUCGAAGGCAGACGAAAAAGGUGUCUACCUUGCUAUAGAUUACAAUCGUCGAUUUGCCCCCGGGUAUGUCCAAGCACGGAAGUGGUUUGAUGCCGGUGCUAUCGGGCAGACUUACUACUUGGAUAUGAAAUUAUCUCAAGGUGGACCCGCCUCAACGUGGAAAGGCGAAUAUUACCUGCUCUAUGAAUUGGAAACCCACGCGAUUGACCUGCUUCGAUGGUUUGGCGGCGAAAUUGUCGCUGUUUGUGUGCAAAUGGCGAAGCCGCGGCAACAUGAAGUGCGUGAGGGUGAAGAUGCAUGUUAUACCAGCAUGGCUAUCUCUUUCCGUUAUGAAACAGAAGCAGUCGCUACGUUGAUGGCGAGUUGGGAUAGCGAUUUCAUCCAUCCGAUCGAGCGCCUCGAAAUCUGCGGUUCCGAUGGCGAAAUCGUCGUUGAUAAUGUCCUCACACGCGCAACCUUGAUGAGACGGGAAAAUCAGGUCGUCGAAGAAUACCGUCCCUCCAUUUUUAGAGAGGAACAACUUGCUUUUGAUGGAACAUUCGCCUUACGGGUGGCUGCCCUCGUCGAUGACUUACUCGCCGACCGGUCGCCUGCCCCAACGGGGAGAGAUGGUUUGCAAGCGUUACGUAUUACUGAAGCUAUUGUGGAAUCGUGGAAGGAAAAACGGGAAGUCGCAGUUAAGAUCGAUCAAGAAUGA